CAUCUUCUUCGUGUAGGGUUUAUGCCCCUGAAAUCAAAUCACACACACAGUGACUGAAACUCUCAACGCUGUAACCAAUUUUCAUCAUUUCCGAUGAGAAAUCACGAGUAGUAGCAGCUUCUUCCACCACACAUUGCAAUGAGGUUCACACACUUCUCACUUCUCCGCAAAACCCUAACACAAAACCCUAAAUUCCCUUCUUCUCCUUCGAUUCCGCGAUUCGCACCAAACAACCAGUCAUCGAAUUCGAAAUCGCAACAAUGUCGUUCCCUCUUCGCGCGCAAUUGCAGCACCGCCACGCCGGAGAAAGUGUCGGCGAUCGUGGACGAGCUCACGGGGUUGACGCUGCUGGAGGUGAUGGACCUGGUUGAAGUGAUGCGGGAGAAGAAGGGGAUCAAUGAGCUUCCAAUUGCGAUGCUGAUGGUGCCUGGAAUGGGGAUUAGGGGUUUGCCGAAGGGUGCGGCGAAGGGUGGUGGUGGUGGAGGAGGAGGGCAAGAAGAGGAGAAGAAGGCUGAGAAAACGGCUUUUGAUGUGAAGCUUGAUGCGUUUGAUGCGGCGUCGAAGAUUAAGGUGAUUAAGGAAGUGAGGACGUUUACUAGCUUGGGGUUGAAGGAAGCUAAGGAUUUGGUGGAGAAGGUGCCUACGGUUUUGAAGAAAGGUGUGACCAAGGAGGAAGCUGAGGCUAUUAUUGCCAAGCUGAAGGACGUUGGCGCCAAAGCUUCGAUGGAAUGAAUGGAAUAAGGGAAAAGACAGGAUGAAGAACUUAGUCAUGUGUAGCAGCUAGUGCCUCAAACUCUAGUCCUCAUCAGCAGGUGAUGGAAGGCAAUGAAGGUCUUCUCAUAAUGCAAAUCUUUUAUACUUUCUUGUUGUUGAAAACACUGGUGAGCACAUUAUGCUCCUACCUCACUGCCUUUUUCAUUGUUAUUUCUCCCUUAUUUGUUAUAUCUGGCUCUUUAUGCCUUGAAUUUUCUUGAUCACUUAUCAACCAAUGUUGUAGAAUUGGAUUAUGACGAUGGAAUCAUUUUUGAACUGACAUAAUAAACAUGCGACUUGCUGAUGAA